CACAUAGUUUGAAAAUAAUUUUUGUUUUGUGUGUUUCUUUUUUUUUGGAAAAAAGUUGUGUUCAGUGACAAUAAUCAUCCUUUCAAAAGUUUUACGAGAUUUGUUUUUUUUUUGGUUUUGGUGUAUUGUUCGAUCCAUAAACGUGAAAAAUUGCACCAGUAUUCAAAUUAAACAUUCGAGAUUAUACAGAAAAAAGAAUUACCAUAAAAUGUUACAACAAAUCUUAAAAGAAAUGUGGGUUGAUCCCGAAAUAUUAGCUGAAUUAGAUGAAGGACAGAAGCAAACAUUAUUUUGUAAAAUGCGUGAAGAACAAGUACGUCGAUGGCGUGUAUGGGAUGAAAAAUUAAAUAAUCAAGAAUUAUUAAUACAAAAACCAAAUAAUAAAAAACCGAAGAAAAAUGUAAGUUUUUUAAUGGGUAUUGAUAAUGAACCAUGGACAUGGGUAAUGGGUGAACAUCCAGAUGAUAAAAAAAUUGAAGAAAUAUUAGAAGAAGAAGCACGUGAGCUGGCACGUCAACAAGCUGAAAAAGAAGCUGAAGAACUACGAAAGACUGUUGAAAAACAAUUGACUGAUUUCAUUGAAUUACCAAAAAUUGAUCAUGUUCCCACAUAUAUUGAUGAUUCAAUGGAUAUUUAUUGUUCGGUGGAUGAAUUACGUGAAAAAAUUCAAAAUAAUAAAAUCAGUAAUAAUAAACCUUUAAAGAAUACUUUAAAUAAUUUUACAUUUCAUACAAUGAAUAACAAUAAUGCGAAUAUUAAUAAUCGUACGAGUAAUAAUGUUAUGAAAUAUAAUACAAUUAAUAAUUUCGUCUCAUCAAAUGAUAAACGUGAUGCUUUACAAGAAUUAUCAUUAAAUAAACCGGUUAAAGUUGCACAAAAAGUUGCAUUAUGGGAGAAACGUUUAAUGGAAGAACGUACAUCAGAGAUAUUUAAACGUAUACAAAAGAAACAAUUGGAAGCGGCAAAAGAAGCUGAAGAAUUUGAACGAAUACAGGAACAAUUAUGGAAAGAACAAGAACGGAAAGCAAAAGAAGCCGAACAACAAAUACGUGAAAUAGCUCGACGAGCACGUGAAGAACAUCGACGUACAACAAAUCAAGAUUUAUUAUCCACAAAUUCACAAACGUCAUCUUCAACAACACUAACUACAUCAGCAUCACCCACAGUAACAUCAUCAACAAUAACAACGCACAAUAGUAAUAACAAUGGUGAUUCGGAAGCAUAUAGUGACGUUAUACCACUUCCUGGUGCUCGACCUCCAAGUAAACAAGCAGUUGUUGAAUGGUAUCGAGCAAGUGAAGUACCACGCCGUGCUGGUAUUGAUGACAAAGAUCAACCUUCACCAUGGUUCCAUGGUUUAAUUGAUCGCCAUGAAGCUGAAACAUUGUUACAUGAUCAACCAGAAGGUACAUUCCUAGUACGAGUAUCAGAACGAAUUUGGGGUUAUGCAAUUAGUUAUCGAGCAUCAGAUAGAUGUAAACAUUAUCUAGUUGACGCAUCCAGUGGACAUUACCAAUUUUUAGGAGCAAAUCAAAUUUCUCAUGAUACAUUAGGUGAUUUAAUUAACUAUCAUGGAUUGAAUCCAAUCACAGUGUUAGGAAAUGAAAGAUUAUUACAUUCCUGUCCAAAAACUAGUGAGCCAGCAAUUUUAAAUGGUAUUAUUGGACCAUGUAGAUAGAUAAGUUUGAAUAUAGAAAAAGCAAAACGCGUCGUUAAUGUACUCUAUUAAUCUCUCUCUUUUAUAUUUUAUCAAGUAAAUCAUAUUUACUCGCUUUGUUUUGUCUUUUUUUAUUAAGUGUAUUAUUAUUUUUUUCUAAUUUAUUUUG